UUAAGAAGAGUAGAGAGCAGAAGAGCAAACUGUGCGAGAGAGAGCAGCAGGAUGGUGCAUUUCAGCAACAUGUCUUUGUAUCUGCCACUACUGAUGUUGGCUUUUAUGGUGUUGGCCUCUGCUCAGCUCAGCUGUGACCCCCAGACUCAGUAUGAACGCGGUGGUCAGUGCUGCCUCAUGUGUGGUAAAGGAACUAGUAUGACGUCCCCGUUCAACUGUGCGGAACCUCACUGCACCCCAUGUUCGGAGAAUGAAUACCAAGACGGGUACACAACGGAAGUCAAGUGUAAACGGCAGCCGUACUGUGAUCCAAACUCAAACUUUGAGGAGGUCCGAGUCCAUCAGAGCAAGACGGCAAAAACCAUCUGCAAGUGUAAAACGGGAUUCCACUGCUCCGGUGAAACCUGUCAAGUCUGUGUGGCACAUGAAGUAUGCCCUCCUGGAUUUGGGGCUCAACCCAAAGGCAACCAUAACCAUGACACAACGUGUAUCAAAUGUCCAGAUGGUACAUUUUCUGAUGAGUCCUCAUGGGAAAGCGCCUGCAAGAAUAUGACAGAAUGUAAUGGAUUCUACAUUAAACACAAAGGAACUCCGACAUCUGACCGUAAGUGCGAGCCAUCAAGGAUGCAUCUAAUAGCAAUCUGUGUUUCGUUGGCCUUGUUGUUGGUUGGAGCUGUAAUCGUCUUAUGGUUGACCAGAGGACACUUCAAGGCAAAGGCAAAGCCCUGCAUUGAAUACUGUCAGAAAGAAGAACAUAAGCCACUUCGAGAAAAAGAUGCAGAAGUUGUGAUAAGGAUCCCGGUGGAAGACGAGGUUGAGCCAAGUCUCCAGGAAAUAUCCUCAGAGGGUCUUCUAACUGACAUGGGAAACCCUGUGAGGGAGGAGAAUGGAAAAGCAGAAAUCCUCCCUCGACAGGAAUCACAAAUAGACACAUGCGGAAGUUCGGAAUUGUAAUGUAGUAAAUGUUUCUGAAUGUAACCCAAGGGGUGUACUACAAAGUAACAUUAGCAGGUUAGCAGGUAUGUCGAGCCUGAAGUCAGAGUCAUGAAGCUAGCUCUCUUACUGGAUCACCACUGUAACUGACACAGAGCAGGUUCAGAGUUUGGGAUUUAAAUGUUGCUGCUUUUUCUGAUGAUGUUUUCUGAUACAGAUUCUCUGCUGAGGGAAGAUUUUAUACCUGCAAACCUGUUGAGCUGUAUGUUCGUAAUCCCACGAAACAAAGCUGUGCAGUUACCGAACACAAGCGGUUUGUGUUGCAUUGCCAGGGGAACCUACAUGUGUUCAAGUAGUGAUAAAUACAUAGAUAUGUUAAAAUGUUUGUGCCUGCUUUGCUACCAGGUCAAUUCUAAACAGCGGAUACUGCAGCUAGUAAAGAACAGAUUUUGUUUAUUGCUGUUUAUUGCAGAGAAUAUUUAAUCAGUAACAUUAUUUCUGUAUAUCAUUUAUUAUGGAACAGUGUCAGACCUCAAUGCUCUUCUUCAAUAUCAUGUUUAAAUGAAGGAAGUUUCAGACAUCAAAUAUACAGCUGUCAUGUAAGAAAUAAGUAGCUUGCGCUGAGUGGUAAAGGAAAUAUAUUAAUUUACACAUUCCUCUCUUGCAAUCAUUUGCAGCAACAAAUGUUUAUAUUCCCUAUAGCCCUCUAUAAACCUGUUGCUUUUUGCUGAAGUAGGUCUUCUUCAUCAGUCUCAACACACUUUUCUUUUGACAGGGGUUUUCAGGUUGUCUUGUGUUUCCUUUGGACAGCAAAACUAAUGAUGUAUAUAUGUAUUAGAACAUUAAAAUGCACAAAUGACUAAUGUUGAGGUAGUGUAACAAUAUAAGAAGAUAGUGUAAAUAAUUAAUUUUGUAUUUUAAUGUAUGCUGGUGUUGAUGAUGUGUUUUGAGCCAUACACAUAGUUUCUGUAAAUAUAAACACCUGAUACAAUCGUGUCAUUUUGCAUGAAAACAGGCUACUUUGAUUAAAAUGUAUGCCAUUUAAAUCUGAA